CCAAAAAAAGAUGUUUUAACACAUUCGUGGACUGUGUAUUGUGUUUUCGUUGGUUUUUUUUGGGCGCAAAUGUAAAUUUCAAAUAAAGAAAAGUGCCAACGCCGCCCGCUGUCGACGUUGUAAACAAGUGCAAUAUUAAUUAAGUGACGACCUAUCGAGAGAGUGAUAUUCACACACACACACACACACACACGCACACAUGCACACGCACGCACACACAGAGACAGACAAAUAAUGUUAUAACAAGCAGAAAAGGAAGAAAACAACAAGCAAAAGCCGCAACAGUCAACAUUUUUGGGUUUCCACUGUACUCGCAACGGGCAGCGCCAUGAAGCAGCAGCAACAACAACAACAACAACAGCAACAGCAACAACAACGAAAGCAACAAAUGCUGUUACUUUUUGGCAUUUUAACGAUAUUCUGGCCACAGGUGGCCAAUGGCGCCGAUUUGGUGAUCAGCGUGCCGAAUGCGGGCAGCAAUGACAAUGCCUUUUAUCGGAUCGAUUACAGUCCGCCGUUUGGUUAUCCGGAACCGAAUACGACAAUACCGGCUAGUGAGAUUGGGCAGGAUAUUAAAUUAUCUCGCGUGCUGCCCGGCAGCGAGUACAAUUUCUGGUUGUACUACACAAAUUCGACGCAUCGCGAGCUGCUCACCUGGACGGUGAACAUAACUACAGCACCCGAUCCGCCGGACAAUCUCAGCGUACAGCUGCGGUCCAGCAAGAGCGCAUUCAUCACCUGGAAACCGCCGAGUACGGGCAAAUAUUCGGGUUUUAAGAUCAAAGUCCUGGGCCUGACAGAGCCGGCGCAUAGCGAAUAUAAUCGCAGCUUUAUGCUGGCCGGCAAUGAUACCCUGCAGCUGUCCGCCAAGGAGCUAACACCGGGCGGCACCUAUCAGGUGCAGGCAUAUACCAUCUACCAGGGCAAGGAGUCGGUCGCCUAUACGAGUCGCAAUUUCACCACAAAGCCCAAUACGCCCGGCAAGUUCAUCGUUUGGUUCCGCAACGAGACCACGCUCCUGGUGCUGUGGCAGCCGCCGUAUCCGGCCGGGCUGUACACCCACUACAAGGUCUCUAUAACGCCGGACGAUGCCAUCGAGAGUGUGCUGUAUGUGGAGCGCGAGGGCGAGCCGCCCGGACCCGCCCAGGCUGCGUUCAAGGGCCUCGUGCCGGGCCGCGCCUAUAACAUAUCGGUGCAGACCGUCUCCGAGAAUGAGACAUCGGUGCCGACAACUGCACGCUACCUGACCGUGCCGGAGCGUCCGCUGAACGUCAGCUUCGAUCCGCGCUACACGACGACCAGCUCGUUCCGGGUGCGCUGGGAGCCGCCGCGCACCUACAGCGAGUACGACAGCUUUCAGAUCUCCAUAUCGACGACACGGCGUGUGUUCACAGUGCCGCGCACCGAGGCAAGCAGCGUCUACUUUGACUAUCCCAAGAUUUUGGAGCCCGGCAAAAGCUACGAUGUGGUGGUCAAGACCAUUUCGGAUAAUGUCAACUCGUGGCCGGCUAGCGCAGAGAUAACGCUGCGUCCACGUCCGGUGAGAAGCUUGCGUGGCUAUCUCGACGAUCGCAGCAAUACGGUCCACCUGUCCUGGGAGCCAGCGGAGACGGGCAAACAGGAUAGCUAUCGCAUUAGCUACUACGAGAAGCUCAAUGAUACGGAUGCCGCCUCGACAACGUCUCAGACGCUGGAGACGCCGCAAACGGAGUACCAACUGGCGCAGCUGCUGCCGGGCAGACGUUACCACAUUGAGGUGCAGGCCCUGUCCAAUGGCAUCAGCUCCAAUGCGAGCAGCCUGACGCGCGACACCCGACCCGCCGCGCCCAUCAUCCAGGAGCUGCGCAGCAUAGCGCAGGGUCUGAACAUCAGCUGGCGCAGCGAUGUCAACUCGCAGCAGGAUCGCUACGAGGUGCACUACCAGCGCAACGGCACCAACGAGGAGCGCACCAUCAGCACCAAUCGCACCAAUUUGGUCAUCAAGUAUCUGCAUCCCGGCUCCGGCUACGAGAUCAAGGUCUAUGCGAUAAGUCAUGAUAUGCGCAGCGAGCCGCACGCCUACUUUCAGGCUGUCUUUCCCAAGCCGCCUCGCAAUCUCACGCAGCGCACGGUGAACACAAAUCUGGUGCUGCUCAACUGGCUGCCGCCGGAGGGCAGCGAUUACAGUGAAUACGCCGUGCGUUAUCGGACCGCAGCCACUACCUGGCAGCGUUUGCCCAAUGUGCACGAGCCGCAGGCACGAAUCGAGGACAUGCACUACGGCGAACGCUAUCUGGUGCAGGUGAACACGCUGAGCUUUGGCGUCGAGAGUCCCGCGCCGCUGGAGCUGAACAUUACGAUGCCGCCGCAGCCCGUCUCGAAUGUGGUGCCGCUGGUGGAUUCGCGCAACCUAACACUGGAAUGGCCGCGCCCGGAUGGCCAUGUUGACUACUAUACGAUCAAAUGGUGGGCCACGGACGAGCCACAGCUGGUGGAGUACAAGAACGUCACCCAGUUGAGCGAGCAGGAGCUCAGCUCGACCAGCGUGCGCAUACCCAUUGAGGAUUUGGCGCCGGGUCGUCAAUACAAAUUCGAAGUGCAGGCCAGCUCGAAUGGCAUACGCUCGGGCAUAACGCAUCUCUCGACGCGAACAAUGCCGCUCAUUCAAUCGGAUGUGUUCAUAUCGAAUGCCCACGAGCAGCAGCUGCAGCAGGAGAAGGGGCAGGAUCUGCAGCCGGAGGAGGAGGCCGAGUCCAGCGAUAGCAUCACCUUGAACUACACGCCGACGCCCGCGUCCAGCACACGCUUCGACAUCUAUCGCUUUUCGCUGGGCGAUCCUUUGAUCAAGGACAAGGAAAAGCUGGCCAACGAUACGGAACGUAAGCUCAGCUUUACGGGUCUCACGCCUGGCCGCCUCUACAACAUAACCGUUUGGACUGUCAGCGGGGGCGUGGCCAGUCUGCCCAUACAGCGUCUCUAUCGGCUGCAUCCGCUGCCCAUUGCCGAUCUGCAGGCCACACAGCUGGACGCCAGGGAGAUUACGCUGCGCUGGACAGCGCCCGUCGGCGAAUACACAGACUUUGAGCUGCAGUAUCUGAGCGCGGACGCGGAGUCGCCGCAGCUGCUGCAGAAUCUAACAACGCAGACACAUCUGACUCUGCAGCGACUGCAGCCAUAUCACAAUUACACCUUCACCGUUUCGGUGCGUGCCGGCAGCGAGCUGGGCAGCGCCAUGAUGCGCACAAGUGCGCCCAUCUCGGCCAGCUAUCAGACGCUGCCGGCGCCACCGGGCCGGGUCGAUUACUUCCAGCCCAGCGAUGUGCAGCCGGGCGAAAUCAGCUUCGAGUGGCUGCUGGCCGUUCAGGAGCAGCACGGACCCAUUGCCCACUAUCGCAUCAGCUGUCAGAAUGUGGACGACGCCGCCGAUGCGAGCAGCUAUGAGCUGCCCGCGAAUGCGACCCAGGCGCGCAUCGAGCACCUGGUGCCGGGCAACAGCUACAUCUUUCGCAUUCAGGCCAAAUCUGCGCUCGGCUACGGCUACGGCGUCGAGCGUGAGCAUCGUCAACUGAUGCCCAUAUUGGCGCCACCGGCGCCAGCGCCACACAUUAUGCCCGUCGAAAUGGGGCACAGCAGCACGACCAUACAGAUACGUUUCCGUCAGAGCUAUUUCUCGAAUGCGCACGGCCUGGUGCGCUGGUAUACGAUCAUUGUGGCCGAGGAUGUUGGCAAGAAUGCCUCCGGCCUGGAAAUGCCCAGCUGGCAGGAUGUGCAGGCGUACACCGUCUGGCUGCCCUAUCAGGCCAUUGAGCCGUACAAUCCGUUCGCCAAUCUCAGCCUGAGAAGUGCCGGCUUUGAGGAUUUCACCAUUGGCAGCGCCGGCUGCGAGAAGCAUCGCACCGGCUACUGCAAUGGUCCGCUCAAAUCGGCGACCACGUAUCGCAUCAAGGUGCGCGCCUUUACGGACGAGGAUAAGUUCACGGAUACGGUGUACAGUGAACCGAUUACCACGGAUCGCGACGAUGUCCUCUGGCUGGCCAGCAUCCUGGCCAUUGCCGUCUUCGUGCUCUGCCUGUUGACGGCAUUGGGCUACUAUCGCUAUCGCUGCCAUAGUAUGCGGCGCACCGCCAACAAGCUGGCCCGCAUGCCCGACGAGCUGACGGCUUUGCCGGAGGGCUAUAUAGCGCCGAAUCGGCCCAUUCAUGUCAAGGACUUUGCGGAACACUAUCGCCUCAUGUCCGCCGAUUCGGACUUUCGCUUUAGCGAGGAGUUUGAGGAGCUGAAGCAUGUGGGCCGCGAUCAGGCAUGCAGCUUUGCCGAUUUACCCUGCAAUCGGCCCAAGAACCGAUUCACCAACAUUUUGCCGUACGAUCAUUCGCGAUUCAAGCUACAGCCCGUCGACGAUGACGACGGCUCCGAUUAUAUUAAUGCCAAUUAUAUGCCGGGCCAUAAUUCGCCGCGCGAGUUCAUUGUCACGCAGGGACCGCUGCAUUCAACGCGGGAGGAGUUCUGGCGCAUGUGCUGGGAGAGCAACUCACGGGCGAUUGUCAUGCUGACGCGCUGCUUUGAGAAGGGGCGCGAGAAGUGCGAUCAGUACUGGCCCAUCGAUCGUGUGCCCAUCUUCUAUGGGGACAUUAAAGUGCAGCUCAUUACCGAUACGCACUUCCUCGACUGGUCCAUAGCCGAGUUUAUGGUCUCCAGGAAUUGUGAAUCGCGUAUUAUGCGGCACUUUCACUUUACCACCUGGCCGGACUUUGGUGUGCCGGAGCCGCCUCAAUCUUUGGUGCGAUUUGUGCGCGCUUUCCGUGACGUCAUCGGCACCGAUAUGCGACCCAUUAUCGUCCACUGCAGCGCCGGAGUGGGCAGAUCGGGCACAUUUAUAGCACUGGAUCGAAUACUGCAGCACAUCAACAAGUCUGACUAUGUGGAUAUCUUUGGCAUUGUGUUUGCCAUGCGCAAGGAGCGUGUCUUCAUGGUGCAAACGGAGCAGCAAUAUGUGUGCAUACAUCAGUGCCUGCUGGCUGUGCUGGAGGGCAAGGAGCAUCUGCUUGCCGAUUCGCAUGAGCUGCACGAGAACGAUGGCUAUGAGGAUGACGAAGGUAUUGCCGAGACAGGCAUAUGAGAGAGAGAGAGAGAGUGAGAGAGAGAGAGGGAGAGAGAGGGAGAGAGGCAGUCAAACCCAGAGAGAGUGAGCUGAAGAUAUAUGAAGACUUGCUGCGGAUAUUUAUGCAUAUAUAUAUAUAUAUUUAUAUAUACAUAUAUACAAAAUACAUAAUUAUAA